UUUCCACUUUCUCCUAGAGUUGCUAUGUUAAUUGUCCACUGAAAUUAUACUAUAUCUAUGGUAUAUAUAGGCUAUUUACUAUAGCGCUAUUCAAAAUUUGGGAGGUAUUUAUUAAUGUAUGAGGAACAUAUUUAGAUGUAUUUGAAUGCACUAGAGACUAGAGUGCAUCCAUCCUAGCUAACUGUGAUUAGUAAAUUCAUAUUGUAAAAUAAUAAAUCAAACAUAUAUAGAAACUAAUAAUUUUAAUAGAAAUUAAUGAAUUCUAAUUAAAUUUAAUUAAUAAAAAUGCACCGCACGUCUAUUUGUACACAAUUUUUUUUUAUUUGCCUUAUGUAUUAUAACAAUAUUUAUAUAUCAGGUUAAGAAAAAUCAUGCAAUAUAUUACAAAGUUAUUCUCAAGGUUUGUAGGACCAAAGAAAAAUUACUUAUUUUAACAGGCUUCAUUUUAAAUAUUAAAAAUGAAAAUUUUGCUUGUUUCAGUUCAUUUAUACCGAAAUACACAUUUUCAAUUUUGGGGUGCAGUUCAUUACAUACUCAUCUCGAUUUAUGUAAACCUCCGUAGCACUUUUGAGUAGUGAAAUCGUAUCUAAGGUGGUGGCAUUAUAAAAAGUUAACAACAAAUUAAACCCUUUCUGUAAAAUAAAAUAAAUGAAUAAAAGAAAGUUGGUUAGCUUAAUUUAACGAACGAUGUCAAACGGUCAACCGCCAGAGAUGACGUGGUCCUCCCACAAUCUUGGAGCACAGAGAAAUGCGGUACCUCAUUUUCCUUUUUCUUCCCUUCUUAACCAUUCUUCACAAAAUUUUCGCAAAAUUUUCCUUGUUGCAUCUUCUACAUUUUCAUUUGCUUCAAAAAAAAUAUAAAUAAAUAUUUACCUAUAUUUGAGGGCAUCUAUUUCAUUAAUCAGCAUAACGUUUUUCAAUUCUUGGCAUAUAUACCUUUUCUUUUUCUUCCUUUCGUAUAUCUGCAACCGCAUGAUCUCAUUCAACAAACCAACAAAUUUCUUGAUUUUCCAUGAAAAUCACAAGAAACUUUGGAAGGGUUUGAAUAAGAUUAAGUGCGUUUUGCAGAUAGUAAUUCCCUCUUUCCAAACAUAAUAUCAAAUUCUUUAUAUUAUCCUUCAAGGGGAAAAAAAAAAGGUGACCAAAAAAAAAAACCAAAAAACCAAAGAUUGUAUCUUUGUUUCUUUAACAUCAAAUCCAAAACUUAGAUAAUCUUUGUUGUUGUUUUUUGCCCGAGAUUUUGUGGGAUUGUGGAGCAUUAAUCUCAGCUUUCUGGGGUAAGGAUCGAAUUCUUAACACUGUAUAUUUCUUUAUUUAUUUGGGUAUUAUGUUUCUGCCCUCAUUUGGAUUGAUGCAUUUCAAAUUCCCAUCAAACUAUUAGGGCGAGGGGAAAUAUUUGUAGAAAUUAGUGAUAAUAUUGGUUUUUACGAUGGAGAACCAAAGUGAAACAGACAAGAGCCGUUCUGGCGAUAAAUGGCGUGAGAUAUAUUUGAGGAAAAUGAGAAAUAGCGAUAAUAGCCAGAGACAUUAUGAUAUAGAUACAGCUGCAUUCAUGUCAAUGUCUCAGAAAUUGAAAGAGGAUGGCAAUAGGCUUUUCCAAAAGAGGGAUUAUGGGGGUGCCAUCUUAAAAUACGAUAAAUCCAUCAAGUUGCUGCCGAGAUUCCACGCAGAUGUGGCGUAUCUGAGGAGCAACAUGGCGGAAUGCUAUAUGCAGUUGGGCGUGGGCGAGUAUUCGAGGGCGAUAGACGAGUGUAACUUGGCUCUUGAGGUGAUCCCCAAUUACUGCAAGGCCCUCUUGAAGAGGGCUAGGUGUUAUGAGACUUUGCAUAGGCCUGAUUUGGCACUUAGGGAUAUUAGGUUAGUGUUGAAGUCGGAGCCUAACAAUCUCAUGGCGAGUGAGAUUGAGGAGAGGUUGAGGAGAGUGUUUGAGAGGCAGGGGUCGAGGCUUAGUGAUAUCCCCAAUGAUUUGGUUCCGUUGCCUGACUACACUGACUCGCCUUCUUCAAGUGAGAGCAGGGGGGUUGGGGAGAUGUCGAUGAAGAAGAAGAGAAACAACUUAGAUGGUAAGAGAGUUGAUGGCAUGUUUGAGGAUUAUAAUGAGGAGAGAGAGUUGAAGGGGAAAUUUGAGGAACGAACUGCUAGUUCAAUCUAUAUCAGGGCGCCUAGUAGUCGAGCUGAGAAGAAUACGGAAGACAAGGUGGUCGUUGAGGUAGAGAAAGUUAGAAGUAGUGAAGAGGAAGAGCAGAGAAGAACGGUGAAGUUAGUGUUUAAGGAAGACAUUAGAUGGACUCAGAUUCCUUUCAAGUGCGAUAUUUUAAAUCUGAGGAAGAUCAUUGCUGAGCGAUUCCCUAGCUCAAAAGCCGUCAUGAUCAAGUAUAAGGAUCAAGAAGGCGAUAUGGUGACAAUCAGCACGACAGAGGAGCUGAGGCUGGUUGAAUCGUCUGCUGGUGAUGCUUCCAUAAAGCUGCAUGUUAUUGAAGUCAGCCCGGAUCAAGAUCCAUUGUUUAAGAAGUUGAGAAAGGAAAAGAUGGAGAAGAAACAGGCGAGCUCAAGUGAAAAGGAGGCGAAAUCAAAUGAGAUGCGUUGUGAAUCAACUUGUAUCAGUGAUUGGAUCAUUCAGUUUGCUCAGUUCUUCAAGAACCAUGUUGGUUUUGACAUCGAUGCUUACAUUGAUCUCCAUGAGGUGGGAGUGAAGCUCUACUCCGAAGCAAUGGAGGAGACGGUCACUAGUGACGAGGCUCAAGACCUCUUCGUUGUUGCUGCAGAUAAGUUCCAAGAGCUGGCUGCUUUAGCCAUGUUCAAUUGGGGCAAUGUUCACAUGUCCAGGGCAAGGAAGAGAGUGUACUUCACUGAUGAUUCUUCUCGACAAUCUGUGCUCGAACAGAUCAAGACUGCUUUUGAUUAUGCGCAGAAGGAGUUCGGCAAAGCAGGAAAGAGAUACGAAGAGGCUCUGAAAAUCAAACCAAAUUUUUAUGAGGCUGUUCUGGCUCAUGGGCAGGGGCAGUUUGAGCAAGCAAAGCUUUCUUGGUAUUAUGCCGUCGCGACAGAGGUAGAUUUGGAGUCGUGGCCUUCGGGAGAAGUUCUUAUGCUGUACAACAAUGCAGAGGAAAACAUGGAGAAGGGAAUGCAGAUGUGGGAAGACUUGCAAGAGCAGCGUAUGUCCGAGCUCCACAAGGAGAAUAACAUCGAAACACUAUUGCAGAGAAUGAAGCUCGAUAACUUGUUCAAACAGGUAUCCGCAGAUGAACUCGAGGAACAGGCUAACAACAUUAGAUCCCAGAUAUUCGUAUUGUGGGGUACCAUGUUGUACGAAAGAUCGGUCAUGGAAUACAAACUCGGACUUCCCGUGUGGCAAGAAUGUUUGGAGGUCUCCGUUGAGAAAUUUGAACAAGCUGGGGCUUCUUCGGCUGAUAUUGCUGUCAUGAUCAAGAAUCAUUGCUCUAACGACACUGGAUUGGAAUGUUGUGGAUUCAACAUUGAUGAGAUAGUACAGGCAUGGAACGAGAUGUAUGAAGCAAAAAAAUGGCAGAGAAACAUCUCUUCUUUCCGGUUGGAGCCACUUCUCCGAAGACGUGUUUCAAAGCUUUAUAAUGCCCUCGAAAUUGCAUAGAGGAAUGUGUUGACAGAGGGUAUAAUAUUCACUCAAUAGACCAACUUCAUUGGGCUUAUGUCAUACUUCGAGAGAACAGAAUGUUGAUCGCGCUUGUUUUGGCCAACGAGGGCAAGAUGUAACGACAAAGUGAAGCCUACUAGUUUGGAGGGGUGUUGCAGAGAAUCAAGCGAUGAUACUUCAACCACAACCCCAUUGUAGUUAUAUAUCUAAGAGCAUUCCAUUAAUUGAUUAAUUGAUUUUUUUGUGAAAUUUUCUUAUAGCUUUUGGUUUUAUAAAUGUUUCUCUUCUUUUUCCCAGUGGGGAACUUUCAUAGACAGUGCUUCUCUCUCAGACUUGAAUGUGUUUGGUUGUCUGUUUCAUGUUCUUCGCUGUAUAGAGGUCAUUCUGACAAACAAUUGUUUUGUACAACUUAUUAUUUCAUGCUUUUUUCUCAA